UUCUGUUUGGUCUUCUCCUGGGCCAGUUUAAGUGUUAAAAGUGUCAUUAUUUAGCAGCAGAGGCCGAGAGAAGAGCGCAAACAAGAGUCUGUGACCUUCUAUCGAGAGCCUCGGUUCUUCAGAAGCUCAUUUGGGGGCCUCUGGGGUGCGGAGGACAACGCGUCAAUUGGCGGAGCCCUCCAGCUUUCCUCUAUAAGGCCAUACUGAGAGGAGAAAUACGGUCGAUUUAAAAGCAGAGGUGGCGUGAAAGAUGUGGCGCUGUGAAGAGGUGUGGGUGACUUAUUAAAACCGCAGGGGGAAAAAGGCGCUUGGACUUCAGCCAAAGAGGAUCUAAUCCCGUGGAGAAACGUUGGAGGCACUUGUCGUGGUUUGGUGAUCGCCUGGAGUCUGAUUAUUAUUAUUAUUUUUUCCCUUUCGCCCUGCCAGCUGCAGGCAGACUCGAUCAUGGACAUUCACGACUCCGUGUUCAUAAACUUUGUCAGUGACAUCAGCCUGAUCGGGUUCACGCAGAAGUGCGCUUUAGGGUCCGAGGAGGCGGACGUCUCGCCGCGGCCGAGCGGCUCCUCCCGCGGCAUGUCUCCGCCCGGCGAAGGGCGCGCGGGGCGUCCGGCGAGCUCUUCGCCGCGGUGCUGCAGCCGCGGGCCGUUUGGGCACGGCAGGUCCAAACGGCGGAGGAUCAUCACCGGAGUGCAGCGGCAGGCGGCCAACGUGCGGGAGAGAAAGCGGAUGUUCAGCCUGAACGAGGCGUUUGAUGCGCUGAGGAGGAAAGUUCCCACCUUCGCCUACGAGAAGAGGCUGUCUCGGAUCGAAACGCUGCGCCUGGCCAUCGUCUACAUCUCCUUCAUGAUGGACCUGCUGGAGAACACCUGA